AUGGCGUUUGCUGGCGUGAUCUCCGAUUUGUUCAACUGUGGGCGACCGAGGCGGCCACAGACGCGGGAUGGAUCGAAAUCUGGGGAAGACGCGACGCGCAUGGUCGCCGUCACACAAGACGGCGCUGGAUUCGACAUUCCCACCACUGCAGCUGCAGUCCCCAGCGACGCCAGAUUACAUGCGGUUCCAGAAGACGAGGAACUCCCGCGUCCCACGUCUGUAGAGUCGAAAGCCCCGUUCAACAGCCGUCCAUCUACCCGCCGCGCAUCGAUUGAAGCCAUCCCCGCCGAUAGCAUCCAACAUGCGCCUACAGAAGAGCCCCGUAGUCGCACCAAGCGCAGUGAAUCAAGUGACACCAAUACCAAGGCCAAGGCCAGCAUAGGCAAGCAGGUGGAGCAGCGCUUCCUUGUCACCAUCGACACUCCGGCCUCAAGCAAUGCGCCAGCCAAGCUGAGUCUGGACCAUGUCGAAGCCUCCGUGGUCGAGGUUGCGCCUAUUGAGAAAGAACCAGUCGUCGAGGCUCAACUCGUUCGGGAAACAGUGACUGCUCGCCUGGAGACGCCCCCGAAGCUCGCUGAAGAGCCUCCAUCUGUCACAGUGGACGUCUCCACCGCCCAACUGCCCGAGACCGAGCCUGUUGUUCAGCCACAGGAAGCCAGCCCGGUCAUCGCACCAGCUGCAUUGGAAGAGACUGUCGUGCCAAUGCCCCAGCCUGCGUCCACCCAGUUACUCGACCUACCUACAGAGUUCCUUCCCCUGUACGAGGCACGUACCGAAUACAUAAUCGACCUAUGGACCCAGCGAACGCAUCUGACCGACAUUGGCGCCUUGCUAGGAAAGGUCGCCAUCGACAUCGACGCGGCGUGUUUCGACAUGCAACCCAUCGAUAUCCUACCGCUCAUCCGCUACCUCGCACGUACACGCAAGGCUGGAUGCCGCUUCGCAUCUACUGAGGGCGUAGUCUUCCACAGCAUAGAAUCAAUCGUCGUGCAGCUGAAUAAGCUCCUCCCCUCAACCACCGGCACCAACAGCGCCUGGCUCGCCGCCGCCAACGGACCCAUGAAGCGCGUCGACCUCCACCUCUUUCCCCACGAGGACAUCCGCCAGUACUACCGUUUCCGCGGCGCCGAGCCUAUGCUGCGCAUUGUGUACCCCUCAGCCGUCAUCGAGCCCUGGAUGAAGCAGUCCCACAAAUGUGGCGCCGAGUACGAAGCCUAUCUCAACAAGACGGGCCUGGAUGUAUUAGACAUGCAUAUUGUGGUCGGCCAUGCGUCGCGCAGGACGACGAACCAGGGCCGCAUGCCGCUCGAUUGGAGACUGAGCUAUGUGGGCUCACGCCUGUCUGUGGAGCAGGCAGUGCGCAUUUCGGGAACGUGGACGCGAUGA